UCAAUGGAUGCUGCCCCGAGAGCGUGCCGACUUAUUGGACACGUGCUGUUGCUAGGGGCGUGGGCUCGUUCCGUUAAACUGAUGCUAUAGUUUUCCCUAAAGCUCCAGCAGAACGCGGAUCCGAGCAGCGCCGAGACUCGGACUGAUCCGGGACUGAUCCGACCCGUGCCGCAGAGAGUCUAAUCUGAUCAGCGCCUCUCUGAUCCAGAGACAACGCGCUGAUGUCACACUCGUGGGAUUCAGAGUGCGGGAUGGUGACGGAGAGUGUUUCCAGGGGAUGAUCGCUGCUGCGCACUUUCCCGUCCCGUGAUGGAGCGGCUGCCUCGGUGCGAACAGCCUGGCCUGCAGGCCGGUCACCUGGCGGCCGAGUAGAUUUUGGAAGCGGGAAGUGAUCGGAGGAAAGUGUUUUUGUGAAGCUCGCACUGACAAUGACAUCAGGCUGAACUGCGCUGUGCUGCAGCGGAGGUGGACCGCGCUAUGCUCGCCUCCUGCGCCCGGAGCUGCUGGACGCUUUCAGGAGAUGAGCUGCACAGGCUGAAGGCACCGGGCCAAACACUCCGAGCCGGAGAACUGCGUCACCGCGCGUGUUGCAGGUAGGCUGGGAACUCUCCCACUUCCCCGACCUGGAGAGGAGUCACCCUCCCCCGCCUCCUCCCUGCGCUAUGAAGGUUUAACUCUUUUACCGGGGAUGAAUUCUGCAGACAACUCGAGCAAAGAUCCGCCGCUGGGAUCCACCUAUUCCUCAGCGCCCGACCUGGACUCGGACAUUAACGCGAACGCCUGCAGGUGCGUGUUCGAGAAUGGCACGGACUACAACAUCAACAUCCAGAACGCGGCGCUCCGCGGGGCCAGCGACCCCAGCAUUUACACCUCCACGGACCACCAGGGCCUGGUCCGGAGGAGGUUCGUGCGCAGGAGCCUGUGGGUGGCGGACCACGAGGAGCAGCCCGCGGACGCGCCGGAGUUCAUCGUCAACAGCAUCCCGGUGGUCAGCAUCGACCUGCGGACCAUAGUUGACCGGAGCCGGGCCCGGGCUCUGCAGGGGGCCCUCCUCCAAGAGACCUCCAGCACCGAGAGCCAGGUGGGCCUGAAGGACAGCGCCACGGAGAGCGCGAGCGCGGACGAGGGGAAGGGGGACAGGAGCGAAAACGAGCCCAAGAGGGCAGAGGUGGGGCCCUCAGACGUCACAGGUAAAGCAGGAAGUGACGAGAACGAAGAAGAACCCGGGAUGAAGGCGGUGUCCACCUCACCUGGGGGGCGUUUCCUCAAGUUUGACAUUGAGCUGGGGAGAGGGUCCUUCAAGACCGUCUACAAGGGUCUGGACACUGAAACGUGGGUUGAAGUGGCUUGGUGUGAGCUGCAGGAACGCAAACUAUCCAAAGCUGAGCGGCAGAGGUUCAAAGAGGAGGCAGAGAUGCUAAAGGCUCUCCAGCACCCUAAUAUUGUUCGCUUUUAUGACUUCUGGGAAUCGCCAGUGAAAGGGAAGAAGUGUAUUGUCCUUGUGACUGAGCUAAUGACCUCAGGGACACUGAAAACAUAUCUAAAGCGCUUUAAGGUCAUGAAGCCCAAAGUUCUCAGAAGGUGGUGCAGACAGAUUCUGAAGGGACUCCACUUCCUCCACACGCGGGCCCCUCCGAUCAUUCACAGAGAUCUUAAAUGUGACAAUAUCUUCAUUACUGGUCCCACAGGCUCCGUCAAAAUUGGAGAUUUGGGCUUGGCGACGCUGAAAAGAGCCUCUUUUGCUAAAAGUGUUAUUGGUACUCCUGAGUUUAUGGCCCCAGAGAUGUAUGAAGAGCACUACGAUGAGGCUGUGGAUGUGUACGCCUUUGGGAUGUGUAUGCUAGAGAUGGCCACCUCAGAAUACCCCUACUCUGAGUGUCAGAACGCUGCUCAGAUCUACCGCAAAGUCACCAGCGGGGUGAAACCUGCCAGCUACAGCAAAGUCAGUGAUCCAGAAAUUAAGGAGAUUAUUGGGGAGUGUAUCUGUCAUAGGUGGGAGGAAAGGUAUUCCAUCAAGGACCUCCUGAAUCAUGCCUACUUUGCGGAGGACACAGGUGUGAGGGUCGAGCUUAACGAGGAAGACGAUGGGGAAAAGUCCUCCAUCGCUCUAAAGCUGUGGGUUGAAGAUCCUAAAAAGCUGAAGGGGAAAUACAAGGACACGGGUGCCAUCGAGUUUACUUUUGACCUGGAGAAUGAAGUCCCAGAAGUAGUGGCUCAAGAAAUGGUGGAAUCCGGAUUUUUCCUGGAAUGUGACGUGAAGAUAGUCGGGAAGUCCAUCAGAGAUCGCGUUGCUUUGAUCAAAUGGAGGAGAGUGCGGACUGGCUCCCCAAACGCAAACAGUGAAGCCGCCGGGAAGAAGGUGCAGCAAAACCUACUGCAGGUUCCUGGUACUGGUGCACCUGAGGAAGUCACGUUGGCCCCUGUGGAUUACGAAGACCAAGAAAUUCUGACCUGUAUUGUGCCUGUCAUCACAUCUGCCAUAGAUGAUAGUGGAGUAAACUCUGCCAUGCAAUUAGAUGGUCUAAGUAAUCAGCAAAAUGGCAUAUACCAGUCAGUUCCAGAGCCCAUUUCCACAUCUCAGACGGUCUGCAGUCCUCCUCAACAAGCCGAGCCUCAGAUCCAUCAGGGACCUUCCUAUCAACCCACAGCACAGGCUUCACAUGAAAACAACACACAGCCAACUACACAGUCACACCCAGGAGGCUACCAGCCACCCACAGGUACGCUGCAGCCUGGGGCCUUUCAGAAACCUGCAGCACAACUGCACCAAUGUCAACCAACGGGUGCUGCUCCAGCUCUGUCAGCCCCUGCUYUGCAGCAGAGUAGACAGAUAGUGCAGAGCGUCCUGUCUGCAGCCCCACCUCUGCAGACCGCCCAGCCCAGCCAGGAGCAGUGUCAUCUCCAACCAGCUGCCGCCCCAUCCCAGCCAGCGUCACACCUGAGUCCUCCUGAUCCCUCCUCCAGUUUUCCAUUUUGCAGCGCUGCCCCGCCCCUUCUGCCUCUGCAGAUCAGCACACAGUUUUCCUCAUCAUAUUCCAUUGUUCARGUGCCCCCUACCUUUUCCCCAGCUUCUCUGCCGUCUGCCUACAGCAGCAGCGACACUCCGAUACCUAGCUCCUACUACUCACCUUCAACUCUCCUCCCCUCCCUUCCUCUCACUCCUCAUGCAGCCCUUUCAUCUGUACCUACUCUUGGCACCCCUCAGACCCCUCUAUCUACACCUCAACAUGUGCCCAGUUUGGCGCUUGCUGUUCCACUUCUUGGACUGGCCAAGUCCCCUGUGGUGUCACAGCAGCAGAGUGGCCCCCCCACAUCUCAGCCACACUUCAGUAGCUUCCAUUUCACCCAUACUUUACCUCUCUCCCAGGUACAACCCACCCCAUUUCCUGCCCCACAUCCUGAGCAGGAACUGACUGAGCAGCCUGUCCAGGUGAUUGCUCCCCAUGGGAAUCUGAGAGAUGUUCAGCUUUUGGAAAAAGUCCCUUCUGUGUUGCCUGCUGGUCAGCCUCCYCUCUGGGGAGAAACUACUGCUGCUGGUCAGGACUUCUGUGUAGCUUCUGCAGCUCUAGUGCCAGCCUCAGCUUCAGUCCCAGUCCAGUUAGAAACUAAAGUCUCAGCUCAAACUCCACCUCCAGCCCCAGUGUCAGCUCAAGCUGCGACAGUGCUUCCAACUCCCGCCUCAACACUCGUUAAAGCCCCAAUUUCAGUGUCAACACAUGUUCCACCAACACUGGAAUCUAUUCCCUCCGCCCAAGUUCAAGCACCGUUAUCUACAUCGGCUUUUACUGCAGAGCUAACAGCAGUCUCUUCAARAAACUCUGGUUCACCCUUUGCRAUGGAUAAARUUCAAAUCCCCACCCAUGGUUUGGUUCCAGACCCAGUUUCAGUCCCUCUGCCAGCAUCAAUGCAGCCUGCAGCUCCUGUUGCAGCUUCAGUUCUGCAUCCUGCUGGCAUCCAGACAACAGCCUCAGUGCCUGAGUGUGCCAGCCUGACUACAACUCAGCAAAAUACAGAAACAGCAUCUAUCUCUGGAAGCCUUCAACAAGAGCCCAGUAUGGAGGACUUGCUUCGUGAUAAAACGUUAUCACUUUCCAGUUACGCCUAUGACAGUCUCAACUCUGAUAUAGCAUCAGGUAGAGAAACAAGUGACGGCUAUGAAAGCUUGGCUGGUGGGAGCAAGMGGGAUGUAAAACCCAGAAAACACCACCGUAAGUCUGCCCGCACACGUUCCAGGCAAGAAAAGACCAGCAAGCCCAAACUGAGCAUGCUCAAUGUUUGUAACACUGGUGAUAAAAUGGUCGAAUGCCAGCUGGAGACUCACAACCACAAAAUGGUGACGUUUAAGUUUGAUCUGGARGGAGAUGCUCCGGAGGAAAUCGCCACAUACAUGGUGGAGAAUGGUUUUAUCCUUCCGUUGGAAAAGGAGAUCUUCAUUGAUCAGCUGAAGGACAUUGUGGAUAAGGCUGAAGACGUGUUGAAUGAAGACAUGGACAAUGAAAAAGACACAGCGUUGAGCUGUAGUCCACUGCAGGACCAGAUGUCUGAGGUAGGAGAGAGUCAGCAGCCAGGAGCACCUCAGCCUGUGUAUCAGCAAAAUGUCCUUCACACUGGAAAGCGAUGGUUUAUAAUCUGCCCGGUGGAGGAAACCCCCAUGUCCACUCAGGACACACCUUCUGAAGGAACAGCUACYCAAUCACUUGGGAGCUCAGCCACGUCCCAGCCUGCUGAAAGCAUCACUGCAAGGCCUUCCACCUCCAGAGGUCACUGUGUUCCUACACACCAACAAGAGGGGUCAUCUUCCACAGUGUCAGGUGGAAGUGGAGGGUUCCACUUUGAUGUUUAUGGAUUCUCUAGUCCCCCAAUAACGUCGAACACAGACCCGCUUCUUUUGYCUGCGCUGUCGCCUCCCGUGUCUGCACCCCCGACUCUCCAGUCAGCUUCUUCGCUGGAACCGGCUGUCAGCUCUCUCCAGUCCGRCGUUCAUCAAGUCAAACCAGCCAGAGCGCAGACGUUGCCCCCGUCUUUACCUCAUACGUUUUUCCCAGUGGAAGAGUCGCAGAACGUUCCCCGGGGCUCCGUCUCUCCUACCCACGCAGCUCAGCCGAAGCUCGAAUUGACGCGUCCACUUUCGAUUGCAGACGAGGUGCCCUGCUGUCCUCUCGUCAUGCCUCUAUCGCUGGAUGUGGGCGCUUCACAGGGUGGGUCCCCCCUCACCCCUCUCCCCCUCCAGGAGCUCAGUUCAACCAAAGAGUCAUCGUCUGUCUCCUACGCCUCYACAGCGCGCCCCGACCUGCCGCAGCAGCCGGUGGUGUUCCAUCAGCCUUUUUCAGCUGUGGGAGGCACCAAAGUGUCCUCUCUACCCCAAAGUCCAGCACCAUCCCAACACGGCGGAGGACCCUCUGAGUCUGAUGGRGAAGGGCGGCUGGGCCGUGGAGGGUUUGUCGACAGCACCAUUAAAACUUUGGAUGAAAAACUGAGGAAUUUACUUUACCAGGAGUACGCYCCGAUGUAUCCAUCGGGCAGUGCUGCAGAGACACCAGGAUCUGGCACAGAGUACAUUCAGUUUCCCCCUGGUCCUGACAGCGCUGCUGGAGGGUCAGGGAACAGCACCCCAGGGCCWAUCGGGGAGGGACGCUACAGGGCAGGAGAACAGUUGCCUCAAAUUCCUGAGAGAAUGGACAGUUUGAGCACACUGAGUGACUCAGCCGUGUGUGCUUCUUUUUCAAGACGACACAUCCCUCAAUCUGUGUCCUGCACUGGAACGAGAGGUCGAUUUAAYAUCAUCUCUGUUCCUCCUGAAGUGGCCAACAGACGGGACGUGAAGCAGAGGAGCUGGAGCAGCGCAGCCUCCCCUGCACACCCCGUCGGAUACAUCAGGGACCAGGUCCAGGCUGAGACCUUGGCCACCUCCACCACAAUCGGCCGCUUCUCUGUGGUGAGCACCGAGGACGACAUCACACAGAGGACACGCUGCAGCCGCUACUCUGCCCCACCUGAUUUCUACCUGGACACGCCUCCGUCCAUGGGUAAGAGGGGGUCGCUGCCUCGRGCUCACACCUCGGACUCUGUCCCUGUGGAUGUCACGGUCCAUGCUCGCUUCCUGUCCUCAGACUCUGGGGCCGAGAGCAGCCCCGUGAAGCCGACCCCGGCUACUUUAUCUCAUCACCCUCGCUCUGAGCGCAGAGGGAGUGACCUCAUGAAGAGGGCAGUGGCCUUUCUCCGGCGCACCGGUCGCAGCAGCAGUGUGCAGAGCUCUGACUCACCAGGUAGGCAUGGAGGUGUGCCCGGCUCCGCCUACGCCAGCAGUGAUAACGACUCAGAGAUGGAGGACUCUGACAUUAAAAAGGAACUUCAGAGGCUGAGAGAGAAGCAUCUGAGAGAGAUCUCGGAGCUCCAAGCACAUCAGCGAGGAGAGGUGGAGCUGCUGUAUCGAAGACUUGGUAAAGCUCCUCCUCCUGGUCUCGGUCUSUUGCACGUCGCGCCACACGGAAGCCGUAGAAAGAGGUCCAGCAGGCACAGGCUGAAGCCAGGGAAACUCCUCAGCCCUCUGGUUCAGCAGUUUAGAAAUGUCAAAACCAAAGCCGGUGACUCCAGCAAAUCCAGCACUGCUGCUGCAGCUGUCYCUACAGCGGAGCCCAACGUCAGUUUAAACGGCUCUCCGGGCAAAACGUCUUUCCCUGCCCACAGCAGGCCACGGUCYUGCACCAGCCACCUGCACACCUCGACCUCUGAACCUGUGCAAACGCAGCAGCCCUGUUCCCUCAAAGGAUCUCUGUCCUCUGAUAAUAUUUAUGCUGGACUACACAGAGACGGCGUYGGCACACAGCCUCCACCUGGUCAUGGCUGGUCUAAUUACCCUCAACCAUCUGAAAGAGUGACCAAUAAAUCCAGUAGCAAACCACGAGCUAGAUUUCUCAGCGGGCCUGUGUCUUUGUCUAUCUGGUCCACACUGAAAAGACUGUGUCUUGGUAAAGAGCGAGGCAGCAGAUUUGGAGCUGCAGCGUCUGGAGCUUUCAAUCAGUCACAYCAAAUGCCCGGUGUUGUUACACCUCCUCCUCCUCAUCAGCCUGUUAUUGGCCUUGCCCAAGCUCAGGCUAAUAAUAGCAACAACAAAAAAGGCACAUCCAUGAAUGCUACUGUAAAUAACAUGCCCGAAGACUUGCAGGGACUGAUGGAUGACUGGGCUCAGGAGGUCCUGAUCGUCACCCACAGGCCACGCACCGCUUCUCUGAGUAUCUAUGGACAGCAGCAAUGGGAUCAAGUUGGACUGCUGACACACGAGCUGCCUGCUAGUGCUUCAGAAGCAUCAUCAUGGACAACCCAAGGCCRAGCAGCCUGCACCUUGCCUCUGUCGUGGCCUGAUAGCCCUGGGUCAGCAGUGAUGACCAGCCCCUCCUCAGGGCCCCAUCACGCCUAUCAGCCACACUCUCCUGCCCCGUUCAGAGCCUUGCCAUCCCCUCUAUCUUUUAACCAGUGGCCUGGUUAUUUCUCUCCCGUUCCCUCAAGAGUCUUUGCCUUUCCUGCUGGGCCCUCCACUCAGUCUAGUCCCAUUUCAGCACCGCCACAUCAGCUGACAGACCCCAAAGCAAAGACUCUCUAAUCUGGGUAGCAAUGGGUCUUCCAAAUCCAUUACCAAAUAGUUAUAUUACAGUAGCUCUUGUUUAUAUUAUGUGCAUAGAGUGUAUAAAUUAAACCAGCAUGUGUGUGACCAGUGUA